AUGGCAUCAGUAGUCGAGCCCAGUGUUGGGCCGUUGGCCAACAAUGCAUCCUUCUCAACCCACGAGAACGACCUCACCAAGGAGAGUGGCCUGUUGUCCACCUGGCUCGAAGGCUGUAGCAACAUUCAGAUCGCCCUCACAAUUUUCGCAAUCCUCAUAGCCUACGACCAGUUCAUGUAUCUUUGGAGGAAAGGUCCCAUCGCAGGUCCAGCCUUCAAGAUCCCCUUCAUGGGGCCAUUUGUUCAAGCUCUCUACCCCAAGUUCGACGCCUACCUUGCCCAAUGGGCUAGUGGUCCUCUCAGUUGCGUAUCAGUCUUUCACAAGUUUGUCGUCCUCGCUUCCGAUCGUGAUAUCGCACACAAGGUCUUCAAGUCCCCUACCUUUGCCAAACCAUGCAUCGUUCCCAUGGCCGAAACCCUCCUUCGACCAAGUGCCUGGGUCUUCCUCCAGGGCAAGGCACACACCGAAUACCGCCGAGGACUCAACGGUCUGUUCACCAAUCAAGCAAUCAGCACCUACCUACCUGUCCAGGAGACAGUAUACGACGACUACUUCGACCGAUUUGUUGCAGCGAGCGAAGUUAACAAGGGAAAGCCCAUGGCCUUCAUGCGACUCUUUCGGGAGAUCAAUUGCGCGCUCUCCUGUCGAACAUUCUUCGGUGACUACAUCUCUCAAGAUGCUGUCGAGAAGAUCGCCGAAGACUUUUACCAAGUCACUGCUGCGCUCGAGCUCGUCAACGUUCCUCUGUCUGUAUACAUCCCUUUCACGAAAUGCUGGCGAGGCAAGCGUACAGCAGACGCUGUGUUGGCAGAGUUUGCUUCGUGUGCUGCUGCUUGCAAGGCAAACAUGGCUGCUGGUGCUGAACCUAAGUGUAUUGUUGACCAGUGGGUGCUUCAUAUGAUGGAGUCUAAGAGAUACAAUGAACGUAUUGCUGCUGGAGAAACAGGUAUCGAGAAGCCCAAGAACCUUAUCCGCGAGUUCACAAACGAGGAGAUUGGACAGACCAUGUUCACGUUCUUGUUUGCAUCACAAGAUGCUUCCAGCAGUGCGACUACUUGGCUGUUUCAGGUUCUGGCUCAACGGCCUGAUGUGCUUGACCGUCUUCGAGAAGAGAACCUGACUGUUCGUGGUGGAAAUAAGAAGAAACCAUUCGAGCUCUCAAUGCUUGAGUCACUUCCUUACACCAACGCAGUCAUAAAGGAACUUCUCCGGUACCGACCCCCUGUUAUCUUUGUUCCUUACGAAGCCACCAAGACAUUCCCCAUCACUCCCAACUACACCAUCUCCAAGGGCUCUAUGAUUGUGCCCUCAUGCUAUCCUGCUCUGCAUGAUCCGCAAGUCUACCCAAACCCGGAGACCUUCGACCCAGAGCGAUGGAUCACGGGUGAUGCUGAAUCGAAGACCAAGAACUGGCUUGUCUUUGGGGCUGGUCCUCAUGAUUGCUUGGCUCGCAAGUAUGUUCCACUGACUAUGGCUGCUAUGAUUGGAAAGGCGUCGUUGGAGCUUGACUGGGAACAUCAUGCGACUAGCCAGUCUGAGGAGAUCAGAGUGUUUGCUACAUUGUUUCCUGAGGAUGAAUGUCAGCUCGUAUUCACGAAGCGCGAGUGA